AUAGAAUUUUCAUAGGGUUAUAACAGUUGAACGUUUUCGGACAUGCGAAAAGAGGGUCCGGUCAAAAUCGUCUGUUAUUAACUUUUUGACGCUAUUAUAGUUUUAAUUACCACUUAGAUUUAUAGAAAUGUAAAACGUUUUAAUAGUGUACUAAAACUUGGUAUUCUCUAGUUAGUUCUGGAUAGCUAUAAAAUGUAAUUUAUUCACAAAAGCUACUCCCUUGUGAUAUUAAACGGUAGUAAAAAAGUCAUUACAAGGUUUAUUGUUAUGGGUUUCAAAUAAGUGUAGACAAAUUUUUCGGAGUACACUUAAUGUUCCAAUUAGCGUAAUUAUAGAGCAUGCGUAUUCCACAACUAAGGCCAAAUGGUAUAAAAGGCUAAAAAAUGUAGCGGGAAAGUUAGUUAAGUAAACACUAAUCCCAAGAGUUGAUCGUAAGGCUCACACACGUUGUCGGUUUGAUUUUGGGACUACCAGUGCACGUUCAGUGAUAGUAAAUAAGUGGGUUACCUAUUGGGAAUUACUAACUGCAUAUCGGCUAGAUCGGUUAAAGUGAUUUAGUUCUUCGACGCAUAACAUAACAGGUAGAACGAUGACUACCCAAGCGAACAGUAUAAGUGCAAUAGACUUUCUGAUUUUUAUGGAACAUCCGGGGUCACUCAGCAGCAUCAUCGACGAAUAUUAUACCAUAGUAUCUCGACAAGAAGUGAAAGCACUCAGUUCCUCCAACCACACCAUGCACGAGGAGCAAGAAAACAGCUGCACGCGGAUCAUACGUUUCCUUCACUGCCGAGUGAAGCUCAAUGGCAACCGGAAUGUCUUGAAUGCUAACUAUGUUGACGGAUAUGAACAUAAGCGGAAGUAUAUUUCCACCAGAAGCCCGUCUGAAAACAACACUGACAAAUAUUUACAAAUGGUGUGGGACAAGAAUGUAAAAAUAAUUGUUGUGCCAUCUAGAUCAGAGAAUAAAGUUAAUUUUCACCAAUAUUGGAGUUCAAACAAAGGUGCUGUAAUAGAGUGUGCCAAAUUUCAGAUAGAGACUUUAGAAGUUACGACAAAACCUCACUACGUGUUAUCCUUAUUGAUUCUAACUAACCAAAAAGGUCGAACACACAGGAUAUCACAUUUUGAAUAUACCGCUUGGCCAGUUGAUAGCUUUUGUCAUGAUCGUAAAGCCUUUUUGGAUGUGGUUUCUAAUAUUAACGAGCUGUAUACUUAUCUAGAGAAACACAAGUCCUCAAACGACUUCGGACCCAUGAUUGUGCAUUGCAUCGAUGGUAGUAAUAGCGCAGGGGUAUUUUGCGUAGUUGAUACCUGUGUUACAGAAUUCAAAAAGACUGGAAUGCUAUCUAUAUCAAGUACGGUGAAAAAAAUGAGACAGCAAAUAUACGGCAGUAUGAACCGGUUAAAUGACUAUGUUUUUUGCUAUCGUCUUCUCCAUGUCUAUGUUAAAUAUGAAAUGGUUAUGUAUUGAAAGUAUUUUGAGGGCAUUUUUAGUAAAAAUAAGUGAGGGCCACCUCGUUUGUCAUCUACCGAUGGCGCUAGCCAGUGCAUCAAUUCAUUUUUACUGGAGAUGCUUUUAUCUAAGUAAAAGUACUAUGUAACUUGCAAAUAAAUAUCAAUUUUGUCUAUGUCUAU